AUGGAGAAGAAGCGCUCCAAAUCGAAAUCUUCCACUGAUUUUCAGGAAAUUGGUGAUGAUGACAUGCUAAUUGCCCUGAAAAAGCCGAAGAUACACAAGGAGAAAUCUCAGGAAAAUAAUGAAGAUGAAAAAAUUAUCUCGAAAGAUGCAAGUAUCAUACAAGAUAUAAAAAAAUUGACGAAAUCUAUCAAAGAGCUGUCUAAAACCGUGAAAAAACUACAGGAGAUUCUUUUGACAAAAGCCGAUCUACUAGAUCAGGUUUCAUUGAAGGAGAAAGAAACCCCAAAGAAAAAGGAGGAAGAGAUAGUCACUUGUGGUUUUGAUUGUAAAGAAUUCAAGGGAAACAAUUUUAAUACCAUUUUCGUUAAGGGAUUUCAACAGUCGCAAACUAGGGAUGAUAUCAAGGAUGCAUUGACUACCAUUUUCAGUUCUUUUGGAGUCGUCACAAGGGUUUUUGUUCCCAUAGAGUGUAAAACCCGUGUUCCCUUAGGAUUUGCUUUCAUUAAUCUGAGAGGUGGCGAAGGCAAUGACAAGGCGUUAGAACUGAAUGGAAGACGCAUGGGAGGAAGGGAGCUUGAGGUGACAAUUGCUAGAGAAACCGACGAAUUCUAUGCCUACCCUGGCUUCAAUGGGUGUGGACGCUGUAUACGAUUUAUAAGCCCUGAAUACUACUAUGGCCACCACGAUGAUAUCAUUUCAUGGUUAUAGUAUAUCCCCCAAAUA